AUGGUUGCCAUCGCUCGCUCCUUCGGCGCCGCCCGCGUGGCCGCCCGCGGCUUCUCCAACGCUGCCCGCCAGCCCCAGCAGAGCACCCUCGUCGCUGCCCGCAGCGCCUUCCGCAACAACGCCGCCCGCAACGUCAUCCAGAAGCGUGGCAUCGUCGCCGAGUCCACCGCUGCCGCCAUGGUCGCUGCCGCUAAGAUCCAGGGUGCCGGUCUCGCUACCAUCGGUCUUGCCGGUGCCGGUGUUGGUAUCGGAACGGUUUUCGGUGGUCUCAUCCAGGGUGUUGCCCGCAACCCCUCCCUCAGGGGUCAGCUCUUCCAGUACGCCGUUCUCGGUUUCGCCUUCGCUGAGGCCACUGGUCUUUUCGCGCUCAUGAUGUCCUUCUUGCUCCUCUACGUCGCAUAG